AUGCAGAGACAUUUGCUCGAGGACAGCGUCAUCCAGGACGGACAAGAAGAGUGGCAGUGCUCGGUGUGUUAUCACGAGAAUCAUCCUGCCAAGAGGGAGUGUCUGAUGUGCGGCACGCCGGAAGCACCUAGUGGCAAACAAGCGAGAAAGUCGUUCCAGCUGCUCACAAGCGAAUCGACGGAGGCGCAGGCUGCGCUUGCCGCUCGGAAUCGCUCGUUUCAUGUUCGGCGUUUGAAUGAGAUGAAUCUCAACCAAAGACAGCGAGGCGCACGACGACGCCAUUUGUGGCAGCGAGAGAGAACUGCUGCUGGUCAGUUCCGCUGGGUGCGCGUCGGUCAUUGCCAGCCACCUCGGCUCAGCCAGUUCGCCUUAAGCAUCCGUGCUACGUAUGCUUUCGACGAAGAAUCUCACAGUUCGACCAGCCCGAUAUCACCCACAAGGGCUAGUCAUAGCAACAAGGAAGAUCUGGGCGUGGAAACGGAGUUGACCAUGGUUGAAUCGACGCACGCUGAUGGGGCCUUUUCGCCUGCCAUCCGCAAGAACGUCCGAAUUUGUCGUAGCCCAGUCAACUGCGAUGAUCUCACGGCAUCAGCAGUAAGUACAGACGACGGCCUGAUAGCGCAGCCGUCCGUUGGCUACAUACGGCACGUAAACGAACACGGGCAUGCUGAAUGGGUACCUGCAGACUCGCUGGUGCACGAGCGCGCGGCGAUGACUGCGAUUGAUAUCGAGGAAUUCCCACGAGCCACCAGCUUUAUCGACUUCGAAUCGGUCGCGGCUCUUCCUUUUACGGCAAAAGUGCGCUGGUUUCUGAAAGAAUUGGGCAAAGUGGCCGUGCCAUGGGAUGAGGGCCACCUUCUCCUCAAGAUCCGUCGCGAAGCUGUGCUGAGUGAGUCCAUGCACUUGCUUAUGCUGGUCCCUGCGGCUGAUCUUAGGCAGCGCUUACGAAUCGAGUUCAUCGACGAGCCUGGGUUAGAUGCCGGCGGUCUGUUGCGCGAGUGGGUUCUACUCCUUUGCGAGCAGCUCUUUGACGAGAGCUAUGGACUAUUCCAGCGAACACACGCCGACCAAUCGGGCUACUGGAUCAACCCGAACUCGCGUGAAAUCCAUCGCGAUCACUUGCACUGCUUCCAGUUCAUUGGGCGAUUACUGGCGAAAUGUAUGCUCGAAGGACAGUUGUUGACAGUGCACUUGGCACUUCCGCUUCUCAAGCAUCUACUGGGAGUGCCUAUCUCCUUCUCUGACCUUGAAUUCCUAGAUGCAGAACUCCAUCGUCACGCACUCUGGCUGCGGGACAAUGAAGGCGCCGAAGCUCUCGCCCUCGACUUCACAGCUCAACGACAGGGAAAUGACGGAUCCAUCAUCACAGAGGAACUCAAAGCAGGAGGCAAAGACAUUCCCGUGACAGAUGCCAAUAAGGAAGAGUAUCUGACGCUGUUGCUCAAGCACAAGAUGUUUGGUGCGGUGCGGGAGCAGCUCGAGGCCUUGCUUCAAGGUCUGUACGACGUCCUGCCACGCACACUCCUGGCGGUCUUCGAUUACCAAGAGCUGGAGCUGCUUGUGUGCGGUGUGCCGUCAAUCGACGUCGCCGACUGGGAAUCCCACACUGACGUCCGCUACAUGCGCGCCGAGCAGGGUCCUAACAAACCGGCGGCAGCAGAGCGCCAAGUCGUGAAGUGGUUCUGGGACACUGUGCGUGGGUUCUCGCAGGAAGAACGUGCACGUCUACUGCAGUUCGUCACCGGCACCUCUCGUGUGCCGGCUGAAGGCUUCCGAGCAUUGCUAAGCCACGACGGACGUAUCCGUCGCUUCGGUCUUCAGAUGGUGGCAAUUGGAGCUCCUCCAGCUGGGCUCUACCCGAAAGCUCACACGUGCUUCAACCGCCUGGAUCUACCGGUCUAUCGCUCACUGGAAGAGCUCGUCACGUACCUAACUCUCGUUAUUAACAUGGAGAUCACAGGAUUUACCAUGCAGUAA